AUGAUCAGAGCUACCUCAACAAGAGUUUGGAGUAUAAUAGCACUUCUAUGGUCCGAAAAAAAUGAGGCAUAGCCAAUUAAACUGAAAUACUUUAAAAUCGUGAAAGCCUUUUUGAUUGUAAUCAACCUAAAGUAGACACUGCUACAGCCCAAGGAUUUAGGUGCCUAUAAUUAUCUGACUUCUCAUAGCAAUCUCAAAAAGUUACAAAGGUAUCAGAAUCUUAUGAGUAUCAUUGGGGAUGGCAAUACUAAACUUGCAAGUUAAUUAGCAAAAACUGAACAGCAUGAAGUAGCAAAAAGUCUGGCGUAUGAGAUAAAAAAAGAGUAACAAAAGCAUAGACACAUGCCUCUUCUUCAUCUAGAUGAGGAUCUGCCUAAAAAUAGAACCAUUUCAGAAAAAGUUAAUAGAGAGACAGGAUAUGGAAGGCCUGAGCCAAAAAUAAUGAUCCCUUAAACUUUAAUCAGAUUUGAAUCCUCUCCUUAAAAUUAGCAGCAGCUCUCAUCUAGAUUCGAUAAUUCUGAUGUCAAUUAUGGAAAUACUCUAAACACUACUCUUUACAAUAAUGGCCUGAAAUAUAAACCACUGAGAAAUACUCUUUUGCAAUAAUUCCAAAGGGAACGCUAAAAUAUGCAAGAGGUAGUAGAUAAGAAGAGUAACUUUGAUAGUAAGUAUCACCAGAAUCAACAGAACAAUCACCAAGUUUUAAUGCACAGCUAACUUACAUCCUCUAACUCAACUAUUUCUCAAAGACCAAAUAAUAUGUUCGAUGUUAACAUGAGUGGUGCCUUUAGUACUAAUAACUCAGUGAGUAAAAUUAAUAGUAACAGUAAUAACAAUGAACAAAAUGUGGUGAGCAAAAGAAGCUUGAUCCUCGUUAAAGCGAAUCACGAGCCUCCUUAAUAAAUUGUUGAAAAGCCAAGUGUUGAGAAAGAAGUAAUCGAACUGUCUAUUAAUAAAUCUGAUGCCAAAAAUGAUUCAUAGCAGAUUCAAGAUGAAAUUAACAACUAAUUCAAUGAUUUCGAAAGCUAUCAUAAUGAAACGCUGAAGGAGACUAUCGAAAAUAUGAAUCCAAUUAUUUCUUAGGAGUACACACCAGUAGUGGUUAAUCUAGAGCAUCUUAACGUGGAAUAUAAACAAAUGCCUCUUACUAAUUAUGAGAUACCUUUAAAACCUUACAUAAGAGGGAGCCUACCAAAAAGGUCUUUGCAGACCUCAGGAAAUGUGAGAAAAUUUCAAUUUUUUAAGGGAAGAAAAGGAUUUCAAUAGACUAAUAAUGAAGGUAGUUAUGUGAGUGGUGUAUAGAUCUCAAACUUGAAUCUCCUCAGGUCAACCGAUUAUAAUGCAGAAAGAGCGUAUCAGCAGCAAUCACUAUCCCCGUAUAGAUCCAAUCCUAAUUCAAUUGAAAGUUAUAGAGUGUAGCUGAGUUAAAACUACUUACCAAAAGAUCAUAGCCAUAGACCUCAUUAAUCAAUGUCUCCUAAGAAAUAAAUUAAAGAUAAAAAGCUUUUAUCACUCAGGAUAAAUGCUCAUACAGUAACUCUUAACGAUUUUACUCUAAGAGAUGAUACAAUUGAAUCGUAUGAUUAAAGAAAUCCAAAUAAUAAAUCAAAUAAUAAAGUUGCAUCUAAUGCUAAGCAAUAGAUAAACAAUAAUAAUUCAGAUGAAUCUAGUUCAAGACCUAAAGUAACAAAGCAGAAAAUAAGUUUGAAUAAAGUAUUAAAUCAUAUUAUAGGCUCAACUACCAACAAUACUCCAAAUCAAAACAUCAGUGGCGCUGGGAUCGGCAACAAUUAUAACAACUCUAACUUUGAAGACAUGAUCUUAAUUGAUGAUGACACUUCAAGCAAGGCUUUGAACACCUCUACUUUCUUAAAGCAGUUGGACAAUCGAUACAAUAAUGCCCAGAAUAUUUUAAGUUCGCAAGACAUGACCUAGAAAGACAGUAUUCUCAAUAAAAGUCUUUAAAGUUUCAAGAAAAGAUAAGUAGAUAAAUUAAAGGACCAAGCUAUUUAUGAAUUGGAUUUUGUUAAACCUGUUCCCGUAAAAGGGCAAUUAUUUUCAAUGCCAGUUUCUCCAUCUUUUUACUCCAAUAAAUCGAAGGAAAAUCUCACAAGGUAGAAGAGUAUUCCAAAAUCAAGCACUUAUACUAAAGCUGUGAAAGGUGAAAAUUCUCAGCUAAGCAUAAUUUCAUCUAAACAUGUACACAAACAAUUCUAACUGCAUAACAAGAAAUCCCCACCUAAUCAAUCAAGCCCAAGUUAUAGCAAUAUCAUAGAUAAUAAGUAAUACUAAGAAUUCAAGUUUUGA